AUGACAAAAAAGUAUACUUUACAAUUUUCACAUCCUACAAUUGAAUAAGCAUAUUAAAAAGAUAGAAUAAUGAAAUAUUUGUGGAUAAAGAAAAUACUUGCAAUUUUGAUUUUUUUACUUUCAACAAUAGAACUAAUUUGUUCUUUUUUUUAUGAGAAAAAUGAAAUCAUAUAUUGGGAAAUUGGUUUUACAAUCUACAGCAUAUUUUUAGUUAUUAUAUCUCUUAAGGGAUCUCCAGAAUUAGUUAAAACUAUCUUUCAAUUUACAAAUAUAAUAUUAUGUAUUCUUUAGAUUAGAUCAAAUUAUUAUUAAAGUCCUUAAUCUAGUAUAUAUUUGAAUGGAUAAAAUAUCAUGAUUUUUAAUAUGAUAAUAUUUUAUUUUUCAAGUAUAUAAGAAGCACCUAUUUAGUUGAUAUUCUUUCUAAUUACAAGAUGUUUGAUUACUGGAUUAGUAAAUGAUGAUGUAUUUAUGGGAUAAGAUUUGAUAACAAUAAUAAUAACAAGUUUUGGUAUACUUAUAUUUAUUUAUCAAAAUGAUUAAAUUCAAAGAGGACAUUUCUUAUUGGAAUUCUCUGAUAAAUAAUGGGGUAUCAAUAUUAAUUAAUAAUAGAAUAAACAUUACCAAUAAUUAUUUAAAGUCCAUUCGUUAUGUUUACUUUUGAUGAAGAAAGAUUAAAUUUUAAUUUAAAAAUUACUAAUGAUAUGAGUGAGAUUUGUUGGAAUAAUGAGAAAACACCUUCUGAAAAUUUAAGAUUUUUUUUGAGAACAUUUAAAAUGGGCAAUGAUAAUUUGGAAUAAUAUUUAGUUACAAGAAGUAGAACUGAUAGUGAUUAUAAAAAGAUACAUUAAUUUCAAUUAAGAUUAUAAAGAAAUGAAUCAAUUUAUGGAACUAAAAAAUAUAUAAUUAGAUUUUCUGAUUUCUAUUUAAGAGAACAUGUAUUUUUGAUUGUAUUUGAUUAACAAGAAGAAAAACUAAGAAUAUUAGAUAAAGUUAAAACUGCAUUAAUUUAAGGUAUAAAUUAACAUUAAAAUUUGACAAUCAAUUUCUUAUAAAAAUAAAUACAAUUACUAUAAACUCUUAUGAUAUCAAAUAAUUCUAAAAGUAUUAUAUAUAAAAUGAAAAUACAUUGUAUGUAUUUCAUAGGAAAAUAUACAUAAUGCAAUAGUUUUUAGGAAAUUGAAUAAAAAAUAAUAUAAAUUAAUAUUACUGAUAUGAUAAAAGGAUUAAUACAUUUAUAUUGUAUGGCAUAUCAAACAAUCUAAAUUGAAUUUUCUAGUAGUACUUUUGAAGAUAUAUAUGUCUUUAGUAAUGAAUAGAUAUUGAACAUUUUUUUAGUAAUUAUAUUUUAAACACUUAUUCGAUUAUGUUAAAAUGGAAAAACAGUAUUUGUUCACAUAAGUGAAAUCAAUAAAUAAUCAGAUUUAGAGUUAAUAAAGAUUAGUAUUUUGUUUAGUUAAUCAGAAGAACUUAAAUAAAAAUUACUUAAUAAUUAAUUAUUUUAUAAAAUAUAAGUAAGACUUAGUCCAAAGGUAGAUAUUCUAUCUUAUGAUAAUAGUAAUUAUAAUAUUAUAUUAAAUAGCAUGUCAAUUUGAAAUUUAUAAGGAUUUAAAUUAAUUGAAUGCAAUUAGAAUGUUAGAAGAAGAAAUAUUAUGA